GUGUCAUACAAACAGGAGACAACAUAUAUUACUCCUUAGUAAAAUCAAGAAGAUUUAGUGAAAGUUACUUAGCAAUUUUAUUAUUCCAUUAAACAAACAAUGGUAGCUAUGAUGGGGUGGGGAGCUAAUUCUGAUCAACAAGGAUGGAGGAAAGGGCCUUGGACUCCUGAAGAGGAUAAGAUGCUUUCUGAGUACGUUAAGUUGCAUGGUGAGGGAAGAUGGAGUUCUGUAGCUCGAUGUGCAGGUUUGAACAGGACGGGGAAGAGUUGCAGGCUCAGGUGGGUGAACUACUUGAGGCCUGGACUUAAAAGAGGCCACAUAACACCUCAAGAGGAAGGCAUUAUUAUUGAAUUGCAUGCCUUAUGGGGCAACAAAUGGUCAACUAUAGCCCGUUACUUGCCAGGAAGGACAGAUAACGAGAUAAAAAAUUACUGGAGGACACAUUUCAAGAAGAAGGAAAAAGCUUCAGGAAAGCAAGACAAGAGGAAAAUUAUAAGACAGAAAAACCAACCACAACCAAACUGCACCAUAGCCACGAUUGAUAAAAAGUUGUCACCUCAAGCAGAAGAAGUAGUGAUCAUGAAGAGUGAUGACAGUAACGCGUAUACUAAUUAUUACCAUAAGAAUAUAAUGGAUCAGGAUCCAGUUGUGGAAUUGCCACCAGUGACAACUUGUUCAGACACAUCGUAUGCAUGGACGGAUACUUUUCUGAUGGAUGGUUUCUGGGGAGGAUUAUGGAACUUAGAUGAUCAUUCACUGAUGCAGGCAACUAAUGACAAGUGCAAGGUGGCAAAUAUCCAAAAUCAACCAGCUAAUUGCACUUAUGCAACUGAUUAUGCAGUUAACUUACAUAAUGGAGGUUUUAUUUUCUAAGAAAUAGUGGUGCUGAUCAUGGAACUAAUUAAUUAGUCAGAUUGUACUGUAUGUUUGAUGUCCC